AUGGAUCACGGUGGAAGAGAAGAGGAGGAUUGUAGGGCUGCGCUUCUGCACGGCGACGUGAGGAAUGAAGAGCGGCAGCCGUGCUGCAAUCUCGGGAGAAGGGUGUACGAGGAGUCGAAGAAGCUAUGGGUGAUCGUGGGGCCGGCCAUCUUCACCCGCACCACCAGCUACAGCAUGAACGUCAUCAUGCAGGCCUUCGCCGGCCACCUCGGCGAUCUCGAGCUAGCAUCCGUCUCCUUCGCCUGCACCGUCCUAGUCGGCUUCAACUAUGGCAUCAUGCUCGGCAUGGCGAGCGCGUUGGAGACACUAUGUGGGCAGGCGUUCGGCGCGAAGACGUUCCACUUGAUGGGGGUGCAUAUGCAACGGUCCUGGAUCGUGCUCUUCAUGUGCGCCCUUCUGCUACUUCCUUUGUACUUCUUCGCAGAGGACAUUCUACUGCUUACCGGACAACCGCCGGAGUUGUCGACCAUGGCGGGACAGGUCGCAAUCUGGUUCAUCCCGCUGCACUUCUCCUUCGCCUUCCUCUUCCCGCUGCAGCGGUUCCUGCAGUGCCAACUGAAGAACUUCGUAGUCGCCGUCACCUCCGCCGCCGCGCUCUGCAUCCACCUCUUCAUCAGCUGGCUCUUCGUCUCUAGGUUCCAAUUUGGGCUCACCGGCGUCGCGCUCGCCCUCAGCAUCUCGUGGUGGGUGACAGCGCUGUUGCUUUUCGCCUACGUGUCAUGCGGAGGCUGCCCAGAGACGUGGCACGGCUUCUCGGUCGAGGCGUUCGCCGGCAUAUGGGAGUUCGUCAAGCUAUCCUCCGCCUCCGGUGUCAUGCUGUGCUUGGAGCAUUGGUACUACAGAAUAUUAAUAGUGCUCACUGGAAACCUCAAGGACGCGGCCAUUGCAGUGGACGCACUCUCCAUCUGCAUGUUGAUUAAUGGAUGCGAGAUGAUGAUUCCACUGGCUUUCUUCACCGGGACCGGGGUGCGUGUCGCCAACGAGCUCGGCGCCGGCAACGGGAGCGGCGCCAGGUUCGCGGCGAUAGUGUCAUCGACGACCUCGCUGUUGAUCGGGCUCUUCUUUUUCGUGCUGACCAUAGGCAUCCACGACAAGAUCGCGCUCGUCUUCACCACCAGCACUGCUGUGCUGGAUGCCUUUGACAAGCUCUACCUCUUGCUGGCCUUCACCGUCCUCCUCAACAGCAUCCAGCCCGUCCUCUCCGGAGUGGCCGUUGGGUCUGCUUGGCAGUCCAAGGUGGCCUACAUCAACAUCGGCUGCUACUACCUCGUCGGCCUGCCUAUGGGCAUCCUUCUUGAAUGGAUCUUCAACCUCGGCGUGCUGGGAAUCUGGGGAGGCAUGAUCGGCGGAACCGCCAUCCAGACACUCAUCUUGACCGUCAUAACCGUCCGCUGUGACUGGGAAAAGGAGGCCAUGAUCGCGAGCACACGGAUGCUCAAGUUGUCGCAAGUUCAGUGACGAUGGCAGAAUCUGGCAUACUUACGGGCACCACUUUUUCUUCUUGCUUUUCUAUCAUCAAAAUUUGCCGUGUCCUGUUUGAGAGAGUUAUUAUU